AUGUCGCCCAGUCCGUCAGCCGGCUCGGCGACGCCCAUCACGCCGGGCACGCCGGCCGCUUCGCGCGGGAGCUCGAGGCUGGGCGCGACGGGGGCCGAGACGGGACCUGCUGAGGCCGACGUGGACAUGGAGCUGGAUCUGGAUCUGGAAGCCGGCGGCAGCGGCCCAGCGGGCAGCGGUGGUGGUGGUGGUGGUGGUGGUGGCUCCACGGGCAGAGGCGCAGGCACGCCGGCUUCGGGCACAGUCGUGUCGAGGCGAUCGCAUCCCAAGUCGAGGACGGGAUGUCGGACCUGCAAGAAGAGGAAGAUCAAGACCCAUGCCACGUCGACGUCGGCGCCGCGUUCGCCAUCGUCGUUCGACUUUGCCGGCAACCCUGGCAACGGCCUGUCGACCUUCACAGACCUCAACAUGGUCGACCUCGAGCUCAUCCACAACUUCACGACCUUCACCUAUGCCACCCUCGGCUCCGAUCCGCAGGUGCGGCAGAUGAUGAAGACGACGGUCAUCCGCAUGGCCCUCGACUGCGAAUACAUCAUGCACACCGUCCUCGCCGUCUCGGCGCUCCACCUCUCCCACUAUCGCCAGGCGCGCGCCGACUUUUACGUCACCAAGGCCAUGCAGCACCACCAGGUCGGGGCCCGCGUCGCCAUUGCCCUCAUGGGCGGCGACCUCCACAAGGAGGACUGCGAGCACCUCCAUCUCUUCUGCCUCCUCACCCUCUUCUACGCCCUCGGCUCCCCGCGCAAGUCCUCCGACGACUCCCUCCUCAUGGGCCAGGGCGCCUUCCCCAACUGGAUCUUCCUGCUGCGCAGCCACGAGCCCAUCAUUGAGCGCCUCGACCCCCACAACUACACGGGGCCCCUGAGCCCCGUCUUCGCCCUCGGCCGCGAGCGCUGGCACGUCGUCAACAGGUGGGAGCAGCAGCUCCCCGGCCCGCCGCUCCUCGGCGAGCUCAGCGCCCUCGUCACCAAGGCCGUCACCGACCCGGACCUGCUCCACACGUACAGCUUCGCCAUCGAGCACCUGCGCCGCGUGCUGACGCUGCUCGUGGCCAACGGCGACAGCGCCAUGGGGCCCGCCGUCCGCCUCGAGGGCUGGGACGUCAUCAUGUGGAAGUGGCAGGUCGCCAAGGAUUUCCUGCCGCUGCUGCAGGGGGCCAAUCCGGCGCAGGAGGCCGUCGCCAUCUUCGCCCAUUUUCUCAUCCUCAUUAAGAAGGUCGAGGACCAGUGGUGGCUCGAGGGCUGGUCGACCCAUCUCAUGGGCAAGGUGUGGGAGAAGCUGGAUCAGGAGCACAGGCUGUGGGUGCAGUGGCCGAUAGAGGAGCUGGGAUGGGUGCCGCCUUAG